AUGGUGUUUUUAUCUUAUGAUCGUUUGGACGAAAGGAGGACUCGUUUCAAUUUAUUUUGUAGCAAGAAAAAGGAGCUGGAACAAGGGGAGGAAGAAUGUAUGCAGAAAAUGAAAAAAGAAGAUUUACACAAGAUGGCUGCUGGUACUAGUUCUGGUAGAGAAGGGGGAUAUAUCAUACAGCUGGCUCGCUCUCUUGCUCUUCUUCAGUUAUAUAUUACAUUGGAGUUGUAA